GUUUGUAGUUUUAGUAUAAACGCGAACUGCUACGUACUUAUUGGCUGCUCAGGAAGACGGAAGCGAAAAGUGAGGCUCGAUCCUCCCAGGCCAACACCGGAACUGCUGGCUGGGAAAAGUGAGACCGAGAGUGUGAGUGACUUGACUAACAUCACACAACCAAUUAGCAACAGAACCAGAACGACUCCUGACUCCGACUCUGGGAUCCCUUUUUGGAGACGUGAAAGAGUGAAAAACCGCCGAGGCUGCACCUCAUCCAGUGGUCGCAGACACUGCAGUCUCCAGAAGUCAGCCCCCCAGCCCCUGCCUCCAGCCCACACAGGAGUCAGGACCCCUGCAGUGGACCAUGAGACGGUAAUGUCCACUGAGGACCUCUGGGAGCCAUGUCAGACGAAUCCGCCUCAGGGAGCGACCCAGACCUGGACCCAGACGUGGAGCUGGAGGAUGCGGAAGAGGAGGAGGAGGAGGAGGCGGAGGUGGCAGUGGAGGAGCAUGGCAGGGAUGACGGGGAAGACCUGCUGGAUGACCCAUCCCUGGAAGACAUGUGUGGUACUGAGUGUGCCCAGCUGGGAGAAGAUGGGCAGCAGCCACCGCGGUGCACUUCAACUACCUCAUCUCAGUCUGAGCCUGCAGAGCAGCUUAGGCGCCACCAAGGCAAGAGCCUUGCCUCCGAGGACCCCAAAAAGAAGAGAGCUCAGAAACCCUCCCACAUGAGAAGAAACAUACGAAAGCUGCUCCGGGAGGAUCAGUUGGAGCCAGUUACCAAAGCAGCACAACAGGAAGAAUUGGAAAGAAGGAAACGCCUGGAGCAGCAGAGAAAGGAUUACGCAGCCCCCAUUCCCACCGUCCCCCUCGAGUUAUUUCCCGAGGAAAUUGUCUUAAGAGCAAGCGAUGGUCCCCAACUGCCUCCUCGGGUCUUGACCCAGGAAGUCAUUUGUUUGGACAGUAGCAGUGGCAGCGAGGACGAAAAAAGCAGUCGAGAUGAGGUGAUUGAACUGAGCUCUGGAGAGGAGGAUACUCUGCACAUUGUGGACAGCAGUGAGUCUGUCAGUGAGGAGGAUGAGGAAGAGGAGAAGGGUGGCACCCAUGUGAAUGACGUCUUAAAUCAGCGUGAUGCUCUGGGCCGGGUCCUUGUCAACCUGAACCACCCUCCGGAGGAGGAGAAUGUCUUCCUGGCCCCUCAGUUGGCACGGGCGGUGAAACCUCAUCAGAUUGGUGGGAUCCGAUUCCUCUAUGAUAACCUGGUUGAGUCCCUGGAGAGAUUUAAGACCAGUAGUGGCUUUGGCUGUAUCCUCGCCCACAGCAUGGGUCUGGGGAAGACUUUGCAAGUGAUCUCCUUCGUCGACGUUCUCUUCCGCCACACGCCAGCCAAAACUGUCCUUGCCAUUGUGCCGGUUAAUACUCUUCAGAACUGGCUGGCAGAGUUCAACAUGUGGCUCCCAGCUCCUGAAGCCCUUCCAGCUGACAAUAAGCCUGAAGAAGUCCAGCCUCGGUUCUUUAAAGUUCACAUCUUGAAUGAUGAGCACAAGACAAUGGCAGCUCGCGCCAAAGUGAUGGCUGAUUGGGUGUCAGAGGGAGGGGUGCUGCUGAUGGGGUACGAAAUGUACAGGCUCCUCACCCUGAAGAAAUCCUUUGCCACAGGUAGACCGAAGAAAGCCAAGAAACGUUCUCACCCGGUCAUCAUUGAUCUGGAUGAGGAAGACCGACAGCAGGAGUUUCGAAGAGAGUUUGAGAAGGCCUUAUGCCGCCCUGGCCCUGAUGUGGUGAUCUGUGACGAAGGACACCGCAUCAAAAACUGCCAGGCCAGCACCUCCCAGGCCCUGAAGAACAUUCGCUCCCGCCGCCGGGUGGUGCUGACCGGGUACCCCCUGCAGAACAACCUCAUCGAGUACUGGUGCAUGGUGGACUUCGUGCGCCCUGACUUCCUCGGCACCCGGCAGGAGUUCAGCAACAUGUUUGAGCGCCCCAUCCUGAACGGACAGUGUAUUGACAGCACACCUCAGGACGUCCGCCUCAUGCGCUACCGGAGCCACGUCCUGCACAGCCUCCUGGAGGGCUUCGUGCAGAGGAGGGGCCACACUGUGCUGAAGAUUCACCUCCCCGCCAAGGAAGAAAAUGUGAUCCUGGUGCGGCUCUCUCAGAUUCAGCGAGAUUUGUACACACAGUUCAUGGACCGCUUCCGGGACUGUGGUAGCAGCGGCUGGCUGGGGCUGAACCCUCUCAAGGCUUUCUGUGUGUGCUGCAAGAUCUGGAAUCACCCCGACGUGCUGUAUGAAGCCCUUCAGAAGGAGAACCUGGCCAAUGAGCAAGACCUGGACGUGGAAGAGCUUGGUUCAGCGGGAACUAGUGCCCGCUGCCCAUCACAGGGAACAAAAGGCAAGGUGGAGGACAGCGCCCUGGCCUCCUCAAUGGGAGAGGCAACCAACAGCAAGUUCCUCCAAGGGGUCGGCUUCAACCCUUUCCAGGAGCGAGGCAACAACAUUGUCACAUAUGAAUGGGCCAAGGACCUUUUGACUAAUUACCAAACUGGUGUCUUGGAGAACUCUCCCAAGAUGGUACUGCUUUUCCACCUGAUUGAGGAAAGUGUGAAGCUUGGAGACAAGAUCCUUGUGUUCAGCCAGAGCCUUUCCACCUUGGCUCUAAUCGAGGAGUUCCUAGGGAAGCGAGAAGUACCCUGUCUACCUGGUGCUGAGGGCCAAGGAGUACAGAAGUGGGUUCGAAACGUCAGCUACUUCCGGCUAGAUGGUAGCACCCCUGCCUUUGAGAGGGAGCGGCUCAUUAAUCAGUUCAAUGAUCCCAGCAACCUCACCACCUGGCUGUUCCUUCUCUCCACAAGGGCUGGGUGUUUGGGCGUGAAUCUGAUCGGUGCCAACCGAGUGGUGGUGUUCGACGCUUCCUGGAACCCUUGCCAUGAUGCUCAGGCUGUGUGUCGGGUAUACCGUUACGGCCAGAAAAAGCCCUGUCACAUCUAUCGCCUUGUGGCUGAUUUCACCCUUGAAAAGAAGAUCUAUGACCGUCAGAUUUCGAAGCAGGGCAUGUCAGAUCGGGUGGUGGAUGAUCUCAAUCCAAUGCUGAACUUUACUCGAAAGGAGGUGGAGAACCUACUGCACUUCGUGGAGAAGGAGCCAGCUCCCCAAACAUCCUUGAACAUUAAGGGGAUCAAGGAGCCAGUCCUACAACUUGCCUGUCUGAAAUACCCUCACCUCAUCACCAAGGAGCCUUUUGAGCAUGAGUCAUUGCUCCUUAACCGAAAGGAUCACAAGCUGACCAAGGCUGAGAAAAAAGCAGCAAAGAAGAGCUACGAGGAGGACAAACGAACAUCGGUCCCCUAUACCCGCCCAUCAUAUGCACAGUAUUACCCGGCCAGCGACCAGAGCCUGACCAGCAUCCCUGCCUUCAGUCAGAGAAACUGGCAGCCAACCCUGAAGAGUGAUGAGAAGCCCGUGGCCAGUGUUCGUCCCGUACAGUCCACCCCGAUCCCCAUGAUGCCACGGCAUGUCCCGCUGGGAGGCGGUGUAAGCUCUGCCUCCAGCACAAACCCAGCUAUGAACUUCCCGAUCAACUACCUGCAGCGUGCAGGAGUCCUUGUGCAGAAGGUGGUCACCACAACAGAUAUUGUUAUUCCUGGGCUCAACAGCUCCACAGACGUACAGGCAAGAAUUAAUGCUGGCGAGAGCAUCCACAUCAUCCGUGGGACGAAAGGGACAUACAUCCGUACCAGCGAUGGGCGAAUCUUUGCUGUCCGGGCAACUGGCAAACCAAAGGCCCCUGAAGAUGGUCGGAUGGCUGCCUCAGGUUCCCAGGGGCCUUCUCUCGAGUCUACAAGCAAUGGCAGACACAGUGCCUCAUCACCUAAAGCCCCCGACCCUGAGGGGCUGGCCCGGCCCGUCUCUCCAGACAGCCCGGAGAUCAUCAGCGAGCUCCAGCAGUACGCGGAUGUGGCUGCUGCCCGAGAGUCACGCCAGAGCUCCCCAAGCUCCAGUGCCGCCCUGCCUGGCCCCCCGGCUCCACUUGUGGACAGCAGUGCUGUUCCUGGGACAGCCCUCGGGACUGAGCCUCGACACGGGGGUCAUUGCCUCAAUAGUUCCCUCCUGGUGACCGGCCAGCCCUGUGGUGACAGGCACCCAGUGUUGGACUUACGUGGCCACAAGCGCAAGUUGGCCACCCCACCUGCUGCCCAGGAGUCAGCCCGCCGGCGGUCCAGGAAGGGCCAUCUGCCAGCUCCCGUGCAGCCGUAUGAACACGGGUAUCCAGUUUCUGGCGGGUUUGCCGUGCCACCCGUCUCCUUAAACCAUAACCUCACCCCCCCCUUCACCUCCCAGGCUGGGGAGAACUCCCUGUUCAUGGGCAGUACCCCCUCCUACUACCAGCUGUCCAAUUUGCUGGCAGAUGCCCGCCUGGUGUUCCCAGUGACUACUGACCCUCUGGUGCCGGCAGGCCCCGUCAGUUCCUCUUCCACGGCUACCUCAGUCACUGCCAGCAACCCCUCCUUCAUGCUCAACCCCUCUGUAACAGGGAUACUCCCCAGCUACUCACUCCCAUUCUCACAGCCACUCCUGUCCGAGCCAAGGAUGUUCGCGCCUUUUCCUUCCCCUGUCUUGCCCAGCAACCUUUCACGGGGCAUGUCUGUCUACCCCGGCUACAUAUCCCCACACGCAGGCUACCCAGCUGGUGGCCUCCUCCGGUCCCAGGUGCCUCCAUUUGACUCUCAUGAGGUUGCUGAGGUGGGGUUCAGCUCCAAUGAUGAUGAGGAUAAGGACGAUGAUGUAAUAGAGGUCACUGGGAAAUAGCUGGGGAUCCCCUCUCCACCUCACUCGGGGCCCCCAGCAGGUCACCCACCCAGACGGAAGGCAGCAAUCUGGGGUUUCUGAGAAUAGGGCCCUUGGCAAGAGGGGAAAGGAAGAGGACAAAGAAGGGUGGUUGACCAUAGGUGGCAGGGCUCUGUUGCUGUUUUAACAAAAGAGGCAAAAAAAAAAAAAAAAAAAAAAAUUCCAACAGAGCAGCAAUAGUGGGAAAUCAGGGACCUAAAACAGGAAUGGAGGGGCAGGGCAGCCUGCCUCUCUUCCUGCCUGCCUUGCUUAUGCUGUCUGCUUGCUUGCUUGCCCAUCUGAGGGUAGAAGCUCACAUCCCAUUUCUGUCUUUGGGAACAUUCUCUCCCGAGAGAGCUGCCUUACUGGGUGACUUAGCUUGGUCUGGAGAGG